CCUGCAAGCAAUACACAGCUCCUCUCUCAUUUACAAAACUAUACUUCCACAAAAAUAUCGAACAAAAUGGCUCCUCAGUCGAACAGCAACAACUCCACCGCUUUCGUCUCGAAAACCCAGCACUAUUUGAAGGUGAAGAAGCCUCUGCUGGAGCGCCAGCGACGUGCCCGCAUGAACAAGUGCCUGGAUACACUGAAAACACUGGUGGCCGAGUUCCAGGGCGACGAUGCCAUCCUGCGAAUGGACAAGGCCGAGAUGCUGGAGGCGGCCCUCGUCUUCAUGCGCAAACAGGUCGUCGAGCAGCAGGCGCCGGUCUCCCCACUGCCCAUGGAUAGUUUCAAGAACGGCUACAUGAACGCCGUCAGCGAGAUCUCCCGAGUGAUGGCCUGCACCCCGGCGAUGAGCGUGGAUGUGGGCAAGACGGUGAUGACCCACCUGGGCGUCGAGUUCCAGCGCAUGCUGCAGGCCGAUCAGGUUGUCCAGACCCCAGUUCAAUCCGCACGCCCACUCAGCCCCGCCUCCUCGGGCUAUCACAGCGAUUCCGAGGACUCCCAAUCCCAGGCCAGCCCCAAGCCAGCCCAGGAAACCAUGUGGCGCCCUUGGUAAAUCAUCAGCAUCAGCAUCGACAUCGAAUCCUGUCUUCCAACUGCUAAAUCAUCAUUAGCAAAUCACCAGCAACUUCGAAUCCUGUCUUCCAUUAGCAAAUCCUGCUACCAACGAAUCAUGUCUUCCAAUUGAAUCGUUAACACUGUGAUAACAGCUUUACCUAGAUCAUAAGCCCAACUCAAGCUUUACUAGUUUAUUAAGAUUUAUACUAUAAGAA